CCAGGCCGGAAGUCCACGGGAUUGAGAAGGUCAGGGUGUCGAAUUACACACAACCUCAGCCAUAUACGGAUUUUGAAGCCAUAGGUAAAGUCAAUUCAACGCAUUUUACCUGAAAGACAGUGCUCUAGAUUUGAUAAUUACUUUCCAUAUCAAUUAACGAGAAGUACCACAGUUCUGUUUCAACAGAGUGUGUUUAACGUGGUAGAUUCGCCUAAAGCACAGUCGUUUGGUUGGCCGCAUAAUUUUUUUUUCGCAAGGGAGUUAGUAGUAUUUCAGCUGCACGGAGAUAGCGGGCGCGAUUUCAACAGACAUAUUUUUCGUGAGGAAUUAUAUCUUUUUUGCAGUGUGAACACGGGAUGUGAAUGUUUUUUCUUGGUUGAGGCGGGAGAGGUGAUGGUAUUUACGUCAUUAUAAUCGGCUACUUGACAUAAUUUUUGUGUCGUCUAUCAUAUUUGGGACUUGGAUUGUUUUAACAAGACGCUGUUCUGUGGAAUACAUCGAAGAAUGGGUCAAUGAGAGCGGCAAGGGCCCACCGAACUCUGCCACCUCCUGAUGGCGAUGGAGGCAUUGUCACGCUGGACCAGGUACGUCCUCAUCCUCGAACCCAGAAUGAGUAUGUAGAAGGACCAAAGUUUCCCCAGCGUGAAGUAUCGCAACAACCCAGCCAUGGAGUCCCAGUCAUCAAUAGGGUAGCUUUGCCAGUGAGACAACAGUCUGGACUGAGAAAUCUAAAUGACACACUUAUAACAAGGCAACCUGUGUCUAUUUCGCCACCUUUAAAAAAGGAACCUAUUUUGGAAGUGGACAAUGACAUCAUUUGUGCGAACUGUGGAAAGUGCAAGUGUGGAUCAUGCACAGAACCUAAGAAAUUACCACAACGCUGGUGCUGCGGGGACUACUGUCAAGUGUCACCUGAUUGUAUUGUGGACACCUGCACAUGUUUUUGUUGUGUGAAGGCAGUGUUUUAUCACUGUGGAAAAGACCAGGACGAUGACGAGGACAUGUGUUACAUGCAUCCCUGUGCGGGGUGCACGAAGCCGCAUUGUGUGAAACGCUGGACUUGCAUGGCCAUGAUGGCCUGUUGCCUGCCAUGUCUUUGCUGUUACUGGCCUGCACGAGCGGUGCUAAAAGCUUGCACCUCGUGCUACAACAAGUGUCGGAAGAAAGGGUGUCAGUGCACGACAAGGCAGACAAAAAAGCAAACUGUUGAUGAGAAAAACGGGUCACCUCUUACCAGAGGACUACUUAUUGAAUCGGAUUCAAGUAGUGCGUAAUUUGAAGAGGGCAAAAAUUUAUUAAAGUUAUAAAUGAAAACUAUAAACAAGCAACCUCUGAUGAAUUUGUUAAUGUGUGAUAUAAGCCAUUUUACCCUUUUGGGAAUUUGCUGUUAUAAUGUGCAUAUGUCCCAUUGUUAUUACAAAUUGUGCAUUGUUGGAUUUAUUAACAUAUUUGUAGAUGUUUAAUGCAUCUAUGGAAAAGUAUUCAUCUCCAUCUGUUUUUUGUUUUCGGAGUAUUAUCCAGUAAAAUGCUUUUUCCCCCCAAGUGUUGUACGUGCCAAUGUGAACGGGGAAUCUUUAGGGGACAUUCUGUUGUGGAUUUUCAUCAUCAUUUUAAGUGUAAUUUAUUUGUCUACAUCACAUCUCGCCUUCUCUCUUAGUGCUGGAAUUACACUUGACUUUGAAGAAGAAAAAAACAAAACCAAACCUGGAUCUAUGUUGUGUUUAAGUGUUGAUAUUGAUUUUAUUCAUGGCGUACAGGAUUUAUAAUUCUUUGGAAUAAUUCCUACUGUGCUAGAACAUCCACUAGUAAAAUGGAUCGUAUCAUGGUAUUGAUUUUGGGCUUUUACUUUUGCAUGACAAAUUAUUUUUUUACUCGCAGCCGAAUUAUGUUUUAAGUCAACAUUUAGCCAUAAUCAGGUGUUGUCCUUUCUUUCAAAGUUUUCAACAAAUUUAUGAAAUUGAUGACAAUUAUUCUCUUUCCUUCAUUUUUUCAAACUGGAACAAAGAAAAUUUACCCAUAAUACAUCAUUCAUCUAGUUACCGUACUUGUUUCAUCUUGACCAGUCAGUGUUCAUUUACAUUAUUAUAGUACUCAUUUUAUUUAUCAAACCAUUUUUUUGUUACACUGCCACAGGAUUUUCCCAUGAGUAAAUUGUUAACAAUGAUUUUAAUUAUAUCCUGAUGUUGGAUUUUAACAAGAAAUAUUAUCAAAUUUCAGAAAGUUUCUCAGAGGCUUUUUACUGGGUUUUUUGAAUAAGCCGAGUAAAAUUACAUUUUACAAUUUGAUUCUUUGUUUUUACACAUGCUUCAAAUUUACUGUAUUAUUUACAGUGAACUAAAAAUAUUUUAGAUCAUUUGUUAAGUGGGAAAUAGGAUUAAAAUAACAGCAAACAAUUUUUUUAAAAACACAGUAAAAAGAAAUACAAAGCAAUUUUUUGUACAUUGUAUCAAAUACGUGUGCAAGGUUGGUUGUUGUAUACUGUAUUGAUAUUGAAUUGUUAGUUUUGGUUUCAUGUGCAUUUCAAAGGUCUGUGAUUGUAUUACUAUUUCAUACAGUACAUUGUUAUAUCAAAACAUUCAGUAUGGUUCAUUGGAUUGAUCAAUCAUUUGUUCACUAUUCUCAAAUUGAAAUGGCAAAACUGAAUAAGAGUUUGUUCAAAAUAAGAAAAUUACAUCAUCAUUUUGUUUUUUUGUUAAAUUAUCUUCAAUAUUGUAAUGUAUAGGUACAUUUAUGUGUUUCAUAAAAUGAUGUUGAAUUUUUUUCUUUUUAAAUCUUACCACAAUUAACAAACUUAUCUCUUUACAAACAAAAUUGUAGAAUGUUUAUUGUUUUAUCAUGGCAAAAUUAAUAUUGUUAAAUGUUUUGAAUAUUGACGUGAGAAGAUGUAAAUUUGUGUACCUCUGACACGUUUUUUGCAGACUGCAUCAUUGUUAUAUAGUGAACAGCUUAUAGUAACAGCGUUAUGCGAUCAAAUUGUUGUAUAUACAAUAUAAAACAUCCUUAUGGAAUUGAAAAA